GUAAUUCCGGCCGGGGCUUGUCUUCUCCCGGAAAUAGCCUAAGCCCCAGCUCCUGGCGGAGCGAGCUGCCCUGUGAAUUUCAGCAUGACUGUUCUGGUGAGGUCAGGUGUGGGGCCGCUGUGUGCCCUGGCGCGCGCAGCCAUUCCCUCUAUUUGGAGAGGGAACUACUUCAGCUCCGGGAAUGAACCUGCCGAAAACAACCCGGUGACGCCGAUGCUGCGGCAUCUUAUAUACAAAAUAAAGUCUACUGGUCCCAUCACUGUGGCCGAGUACAUGAAGGAGGUGUUAACUAAUCCAGCCAAGGGUUAUUAUGUGUACCGUGACAUGCUAGGCGAACAAGGAGAUUUCAUUACUUCACCUGAAAUAAGUCAGAUCUUUGGGGAGCUACUAGGGAUAUGGUUCAUUAGUGAAUGGAUGGCCACUGGAAAAAGCACAGCUUUCCAGCUGGUGGAACUGGGCCCAGGUAGGGGAACCCUCGUGGGAGAUAUUUUGAGGGUGUUCACUCAACUUGGAUCUGUGCUGAAAAACUGUGACAUUUCAGUACAUCUGGUAGAGGUAAGCCAAAAAUUAAGUGAGAUUCAAGCAUUGACACUGACUGAAGAGAAGGUCCCGUUAGAGCGAAAUGCUGGAUCUCCAGUGUAUAUGAAAGGUGUCACUAAGUCUGGGAUUCCAAUUUCCUGGUACCGACAUCUGCACGAUGUUCCAAAAGGAUACAGCUUUUAUCUUGCACAUGAAUUUUUUGAUGUUCUUCCUGUGCAUAAAUUUCAGAAAACACCACAGGGAUGGCGAGAAGUAUUCAUUGACAUUGAUCCACAGAUUUCUGAUAAACUGAGGUUUGUUUUGGCACCUUCUGCCACCCCAGCAGAAGCGUUCAUACAACAUGAUGAAACAAGGGAUCAUGUUGAAGUGUGUCCUGAUGCUGGUGUUAUCAUUGAGGAACUUUCUCAACGCAUUGCAUUAACUGGAGGUGCUGCACUGGUUGCUGAUUAUGGUCAUGAUGGAACAAAGACAGAUACCUUCAGAGGGUUUUGUGGCCACAAGCUUCAUGAUGUCUUAAUUGCCCCAGGAACAGCAGAUCUAACAGCUGAUGUGGACUUCAGUUAUUUACGAAGAAUGGCGCAGGGAAAAGUAGCCUCUCUGGGCCCAAUAAAACAACACACAUUUUUAAAAAAUAUGGGUAUUGAUGUCCGGCUGAAGGUUCUUUUAGAUAAAUCAAAUGAGCCAUCAGUGAGGCAGCAGUUACUUCAAGGAUAUGAUAUGUUAAUGAAUCCAAAGAAGAUGGGAGAGAGAUUUAACUUUUUUGCCUUGCUACCUCAUGAGAGACUUCAAGGUGGAAGACAUCAGAGGAAUGCACGUCAGUCAAAACCCUUUGCAUCCCUUGUAGCUGGGUUUAGUGAACUUGCUUGGCAGUGAUAUUUCAGCUUGGACAUUUUCCCCUUCAGUCGGCCCAAGAAAUCAAAAUAAAGGAAACACAUUUCAUACACUGCAGGUAAUAAAAGUGAAAGUAUUUUAUCUUUUCAAGCAAGAACAGUCCAUGUUAUAUAUAAUACAACCAAAAUUAUAGAACUUUUAGGGUUGUGACUGGCUUUGGUGCAAAUGUCUGCUCAAGCUAGUAAGUUAUUGUGAGACUGAGUUUCCUUUAACUUAUAAAGCUAGUUGCCAUAUUUCUAUUUUACUUUAAAAAGUAAACAUGGGGCUGGGCGCAGUGGCUCAUGCCUAUAAUCCCAGCACUUUGGGAGGCUGAGGUGGGCAGAUCACCUGAGGUCAGCAGUUCGAGACCAGCCUGACCAAAAUGGAGAAACCCCCGUCUCUACUAAAAAUACAAAACUAGCCGGGCAUGGUGGUACAUGCUUGUAAUCCCAGUUUACUCAGGGAGGCUGAGGCAGGAGAAUCACUUGAACCUGGGAGGUGGAGGUUGUGGUGCGCUGAGAUCGUGCCACUGUACUCCAGCCUGAGCAACAACAGCGAAACUCCCUCUCAAAAAAAAAAAAAAAAAAGUAAACAUGGGCAGUGAUUGGUUUAAUAAAAACUGGAAACAGACUAAAUGGCUAUUCAUAGGAAACUGAUAAAAUAUAUGUUAUUUUUAAAAAUGAGCUAGAGCAGUAUGUUCUGACAUAGAAAACUCUAAGAUUUAGUAAGUGAAAAAAAGUAGGAUGCGAGAGUUUUUAUAGUUGAUUCCAUUUUUGUUGAAGGAGAAAAGCUAUUUAAAUAAAUAAUUUCAUAGAAACUAA